AUGCCAUAUCACCCCCAGAAGGCCCAGAUGUCAGCAACACGACAUGCCAUAUCACCCCCAGAAGGCCUGAUGUCAACACGACAUGCCAUAUCACCCCCAGAAGGCCUGAUGUCAGCAACACGACAUGCCAUAUAUCCCCCAGAAGGCCUGAUGUCAAAACACCAGUCUGUCCUGGGACGAGUGCGUGUGGAGGACCUUGUUGGUCGCCUCACGGUCAGGGAGAUCAUGUACCAGAUGACGAAAGGGGCACUAGUCCGGCAAUGGCCCAACCCUCCCAUAGCUAGACUUGGCAUGGGACCCUACUCCUGGAACACGGAGUGUCUGAGGGGAGACGUUGAGGCGGGAAUGCUACGCUUCCUCUUUCCUCAGUCUCUGGGUUUAGCGGCCGCCUGGGGAAACAAGCAGUACGGCACCCACAAGGGCAUCAGCUGCUUCAGCCCCGUCAUCAACAUCAUGCGCGAUCCCCGGUGGGGCAGGAACGAGGAAACGUAUGGAGAAGAUCCCUACCUGACUGGUCUGUACGCUGCCCACUUCGUGUGGGGUCUUCAGGGAGACCAUCCACGCUAUGUCCGAGCGAACGCUGGGUGUAAACAUUUCGACGCGUACGCCGGCCCAGAGGACAUCCCCGUCAGCAGGAUGUCCUUCAAUGCCAACGUCACAGAACGAGAUUGGCGGACAACCUUCCUGCCCGCCUUCAGAACAUGCGUCAAAGCAGGAACAUACAAUAUUAUGUGCAGUUAUAACAGCAUUAAUGGUGUACCUGCUUGCGCCAACAAACGGCUCUUGACGGACAUCCUUAGAGGAGAAUGGGGAUUCCAGGGCUACGUCGUCAGCGAUCAAGGGGCAAUAGAAAACAUCAUCGGCUCCCACCACUACUUCAACAACACUGUAGACACUGUGGCAGCCUGUGUCAAUGCUGGAUGUAACCUCGAACUCACCGGCGAAGCCAACGUAGUGUAUCUGUCCAUGAUGGAUGCCAUUAAGCAGGGAAAGCUGACAGAAGAGCUAGUGAGGGAACGAGUAAAGAAACUGUUCUACACCAGGAUGAGACUUGGAGAGUUUGACCCUCCUUCCAUGAACCCCUAUUCUACAUAUGACCUCUCGUAUGUGGAGACCAAGGCGCACAGAGACAUCGCCGUGUGGGCUGCAACAAGAACAUUUGUCCUCCUGAAGAAUGAUGGAAACUUUCUUCCUCUCAAGCAGAAGUUCGGAACCGUUGGGGUUGUUGGUACAAUGACUUACGAGGGCAACAAUACCGUCGGCAACUACGCUCCCAACACCGACCCCAGGUUCAUGUCGCGGACAAUUGAUGGGUUGAAGACGCUUGGGAACGCCGUGCAGGCUGCAUCUGGCUGUAACGACAGUUUGUGUGCCAUCUACGACGCCGCCGGUGUAAGAAAGGCCGUCACUGGUGUCGACGUGCUGUUCAUUACGUUAGGAACAGGCGCCAUAAUUGAGAGGGAAGGUCACGACAAAGCUGACAUUGAGCUGCCAGCCGGACAGGUGCAGCUUCUUAAAGAUGCCGUCGAGUACAUUACUCAAUGGCCGGCUGCACCCACCGCUACUUCAAACACAGAAGUGCUUUACCCUUCGGAUUCGGUCUUUCAUAUUCCACGAUUUCUCUCCUAUGUUGAGGCGAUGUACCCGGGAAUAAUUCAGGCAGGACAAAGCAUCAAUGUAACUACAGCGGUUGUCAAUAACGGGCCUUAUGCCGCUGACGAGGUAGUGCAGCUGUACCUGCGAUGGAAGAGCCCGUCAGUCCCCACGCCGAAGAUUCAGCUGGUGGGAUUCAAGAGGGUGUCCCUGGAGGUCAAUCAGAGGGUGGUCGUCAACUUGGCCAUAGAAGCAGAGAACAUGGCGAUAUGGGACGACUACUAUGGCUGGAUUGUCGAGGAUGGUUACGUGGAGCUAUUUGUCGGUGGCCAGCAACCCAACCAGACACCGAGUCUUCCAUCAAAUGUCCUAUCAGGAGCAGUAAUGAUAAAUGGCACUGUCAUCCUAGGGAAGUAUUAGUUGACAUAGUUUCUAUUUGUAUUGUAAAAUAUAGUGUUGUUAUUUACCUCACCAGGUCUGUUCUUUUGGUCCAGUUUUCAGUGUAAUAAAGAUUAUAUAACUGUU